UCAUCUACCCACGACUUUUCUUCCUCAACUUUGUUCAUUUCUGCUACUGGUGAAAUCCAGCAGUUUGGUUUUGGCUGAAGCGGUUUUAUAGUGGAAAGCAUUAAAUGAACUAACCGAGUCGCCGCUUCCACAGCCGUGGGUAGCAAAUUAACCACUUGAACCUUGCCAUUCGCCUCUUUAACCCUCUCCCUACUCUCCGUCAUUCCUGAGAUGUAACACGGGCUCAGAAGCAGGUAGGUGUUCUUGUCCCGUCCACGCUUCUCACCUAUAAACCGUCAUCACUUGCACGUGCGUCCUGUGGGAGGUUCCCCUUACCUCCCUUGUGUUAAACACCCCCUUAAAUUGUAACGUUAUCAUAAACAGUCCAGCGUCGGGGGGUCAUAAUCGCCUCUCUCGGGCUUUACCGAGACUUCUCAUUGGACAUCAACACGCGACCGACGCGAGGAGGGGGGCUUCCAGGCGCGUGCCGCUUUUUAAACCGACGCCGCGCCUUGAGACACCAGAGAAGGAGUCUCGCACGCGACACUCACAUUCACACGGUGAGACAACAUAGCUGUGCGUGCCUCCGAAACUUUUUUUCUCCACAGUGUUUUUCUUGGGGGGAAUCAUGGAUGUCUUAACUGUGGAGGGCUGGAGCAAAUGCGCACGUGAGGUGCCGGCCACGCACUCGCGGCAGCAGAGUUGUGGGAGCCCCAGAGAGGUGGAGAGGGGAGGGAAGCAACAGUUCGAGGAGUCCCGCUACGAACCUGGGCUGACGCUCGUGGACAGCGAUAGCGACCCACGCGCCUGGCUGGCUUCCGCUUCUGGCACCUGUGCGGCACACGCCACUUCACCCGACUACCUGCGGCACUCGCCAUGUCCGAGUACCGGCUCCUACCACGAGAGUGGCUCCCCGGGGUCCUCAGGCCAUCCCAGCCCACAGAGCUACAGAAAACCUGCCAAGAGCCUCACGUCUUCUUCUCUCAAAGUCAGGGAGUUGUGUCGCCUUAAAGGCACCCUCACCGGGCCCGAAGAGGAGGCCUCCGUGAGACAGAGAGCCCCCUCCCACAAGCCUGUCAACGGAAUUCAAAGGCAAAGGAGAGUGGCCGCCAACGCGCGUGAGAGAAGGCGAAUGCACGGGCUCAACCAUGCGUUUGAUGAGCUGCGCAGCGUCAUCCCAGCGUUUGACAACGACAAGAAGCUCUCGAAGUAUGAAACUCUGCAGAUGGCGCAGAUUUACAUCAACGCCCUCGCCGAGCUUCUCCAAGGUCCGGUGUCCUCCUCCUCCUCCUCCAGCAGCAGCAGUAAUAACGACAUCUCCAACAACACCAGCUCGCCAAAGUGUGACAUUAUGCUCUCGUCCACCGCUGGUUAUGACGGGAUGAAAGACAGGGCCUCUCAGUCUCCCUCAACCUGCAGAGCAGCGGACCCUGCGCCCGUUUCAGGUAGCAGCUUACCUGUGCACAUCAGCGGGGUGCCCUUCUGUUCCUCCUUCGACGAAAGUUCGUUUUCCACUAGAGUUGAAAAAGCGAUGUGUUCCCCGUCUCCUUCGUCAUCUGCUCGGGCGGGCAGUUCGCAGUUUGCAAAUGGGAGGAAAGCGUCUCCCCGGAGCGACGGAGAGUUUUCCCCGCACUCCCACUUCAGUGACUCGGAUGAAAUAGCGAUGGAGCUUCAUUCGAGUGAAGAAGACGAUCUUUCAGAACUGAAGCUGCCCUCACACCAUCACCGCACAAUUUCCUUCUAAAUUCCCACAUAAAGACACAGUAUAGCGAAGUUUCUCUAUAGCUACAGUGAAGUAAUGUCCAUAAGACGUGUCAAUCAUAGCGAUAGUCCUGCGUUGACGAAAUGCGUUUGUAAGAGAAAUUCUUGCUUUUUGCAAAUAAAAGAAAAAGAAGUUUAAUGUUUAAUUUAACAUGUUGCAUCGUUUAAAGAUCUUUUUUUAAAAUGUGAGUAAGGCCUAAUUCGAUUCUGCCAAUAAAUAUCUAUCCUAUAAUUUUUCAGUCUCCAUGGAGACGUGGUUGGAAGACCCCUCUGCCAUGUCGCGCGCAGCACUGCCACGGGUAUUUCCCACGUCCCUCCAACCAAAAAGCUGUCUUCCACAAAAAAUCACAAGUUUAUGGAUAAUUGCUUAUAUUUGAUAAUGUAAAGACGUUUUUGUAGCUAUGAAAUGAGUUUUGUUGUGAUUUAUGUUUUUUUUUGUAAAAAUGAAUUUUGUUUUGCAACUUUAAAAGUUCAUGAUGUGCACUUUAAACUAUAAGAGCCAGAGGCUUUGUUUGUUGUUUGUUUGUUUUCACACCAUAAAUAUAAAAAUAGAGGUUUGCUUUGUUUGUUAGUGUAGUGCUGCCAACUCCAUACAAAUAGCCUAUUUAAUGUAGCCAUCAUUGCUGCCGCCUUUUGUAUUUUCUUUUUUUUUAUCUUCACAUCAGCUUGUGUGUCUUUUUUCUUUGGUUGGUAACUGUUUUUGUUCUUGUAUGUAAUGUAUUUAUUGCUCAUAGCCCAUGUUUCAUGUGAUUUGCUUUUUUUUAGUUAAAUUUGCCCCAGGAAAAAAGCAAUCAUUCGCCAUUCUUAGUUAUGUUAAUUUGAUUUUGGAAAUAAUAAAAAAAAAGCAAACGAAAA